AUGUGUUAUGAUGAGGCGAACGGUAGUGUCGCAGGAGUUGGUAACGUGGUUUACGGCGUUGAAUGUCACUGUCUUCUCUACAACUUAUACGAGCUAAAUUGUCGACCAUACUUGAAGGAUCGCCGCGUUGCAGUCGAAGAAAUGGAGUGUCUCCUAGACUUUAUGUAUCGUGGUUCGAUCGACGUUGCAGAGGAACAUCUACCCUCUUUAAUUAAAACAGCGACGGAUCUAGAGAUUCGCGGUCUUUCUGGUGACCAGAGGAACCAAGAAAACAAUCGCAGUCCUUACACAAGGGUCGAAGCACGAAUGCAAAGAUGCCAUAUAGAAACAAGAGUUCACACAACUGAGUACAUAAAGGAACCAUCCGUGAUUCCAUUCUUACCGAAACAGUCUUCCGUAGAAUCGUUGGAGGAUCACAUCAAGGUGGAGGAAAUCGAAGUGGAGGACGAUCCGAUGGUGAUCGAUGGACACGAGGAUAGUUUCGACGAACCUUUGCGAUCUUCAGAAACGCAAAUCAGACGUAUGCCACCGCCAAUGUAUAAACGAGAAACCAGAUUCAAAGGUCAGAAAAGAGUCUCUGUGGGACGUUCUACGAGGAACAGCGAUCCACUGGAUUUCAGAGCAAAGGAACGCAUAAUUUCGAGGGACGAUUCUACCAGGGAUGAAAGUUACGAGGAUUCGCCGAAUGCGGUUAAAUCUGAGCCGAAUUUCAACAAUGGAUCAGUGGAGCCUACGGUAUCGGACACACAAAUGAACGACGACUUACAAGAACGAGAUACAAGUCUGGACUCUUCGAAGAGGUCGGACGACAAUCCAAGGUUAACUGUCAAGAAAAAGAGCGAUAUUCUCACGAAACGGGCAGGAUUAAACGAAGGAAAAGAUAGCAGGCCGAUACUGCCGAAAUCUGAGAAAGCGCAAUACAAACCGUUUUCAUGCGACUUAUGCACUUUAGCCUUCACGAGAGCGUCUCAUUUGGCUAGACACAGAAGAGUUCACACCGGUGAACGACCGUUUGCUUGUAGCAUCUGUCCCCGAAUGUUUGCCAGGCAGGACAAACUGAAGCAGCAUUUAGACUCACACUUGCAGUGGCCGAAGAGGAAGAAUAGUUUAUCGAGUUCGAGUUGUCAUUCGGCACCUUCCGUACCUGGUAAAGGGAAAAGGGGCAGACCACGAAAGGUAAACUUGGAACAGUCAGCCAUGGAAGAGAUUUUGAAAUUCGGUGAGUUCAGUUCUCUCCUGAACAAAUCUCAUUCUGCGAACUCGGCAGAUAAAAGCGAAGAUUUUGCUUCCGCUGAGAACGACGGAAAAGAUAAAGAACAAGAGGAGGAUACCGUAGAACAAGGGAACGAAGAUAAAAAUAACGAUUCGAACAAAGAUAAGGACAAUUAUGGUUGUCAAGUUGAGAAUGGUCAGGAUAUCAUUUAAUAAAUUUUCGUUUAUUUUCUCUUGUACUCUCACAAAAAGUAUUUUUCUAAGGGCAAGAAAUCACGUAGUUAGAGAGUGAUGAAGAUUUUCGAAUUUCUUCAAUUAACGACGCGAAUCAGGUACUUUUUUCGACUUUUUAUCUAGCAAAUGGUGUUCAACAAAGAAGGGCAAAUAUGUCGUUUGAAAUCUACCUUUUUUACGUAAACGCAUUGUUGCAAUUAGAAAUUCAUUGGCGCAUAUUGGGAGACCAACUAGUUACCAAAGAUUUAAGUGCAAUAAGUAUUAAUUCUUGAUACUCUUUCAUUUCUAAAGAAUUGAAUUUCUUUGUAUUAGUUGAACUAG